AUGACCUUUGCCAGUCUGCUGGAGCAGCUCGGAGGACUGGGGCACUUCCAGCGGCUGCACAUCAUUGCGCUGGUAGCUCCCAUGCUCCUGACGGCCUCUCACAACCUCCUGCAGAACUUCUCGGCAGCAGUGCCCCCGCACCACUGCCGGCUCCAGUCUAUGCCCCUUGGUGCCAACCAGAUGGGGAACCUCACCUCUGAGACUCUCCUCCAGCUGUGGGUUCCGCUGGAUGGAGGCCACCAGCCUGAGAGGUGCCAGCAAUUCUCCCAACCUCACUGGCAAAGCCUGGAACCCAACGAUACCGCUCACAACAGGAGCAUCCCAGACACCGAGCCAUGCCGAGAUGGAUGGACCUACGACCGCAGUGAGUUCGAGGCCACCAUUGUGACAGAGUGGGACCUGGUAUGCGGCUCCUGGAAAUUGACCCAGAUGGCACAAUCCAUUUACAUGGCAGGGGUACUUGUGGGAGCCAUGAUGUUGGGGAGCUUGGCAGACAGGUUUGGCCGGAAGGCCCUACUGAGCUGGUCCUACCUGCAGCUGGGGGUGGCGGGGACUGCCACUGCUUUCUCCCCCAAUUACUCUAGCUACUGUGUCUUUCGCUUUCUGGUUGGGAUGGCUGUCUCUGGGAUCAUCCUCAACUGCAUGUCUCUGGUUCUAGAGUGGUCCCCCACCCGGAACCGCACAAUUACAGGGACCCUGGUUAGCUACUCUGCCACCAUAGGACAGAUCUUCCUCCCAGGACUGGCAUACGCCCUCCCCAACUGGCGCUGGCUCCAGCUCACUCUCUCACUGCCCUUCUUUGCCUUCUUUUGCUACUCCUGGUGGUUUGCAGAGUCAGCACGAUGGCUGGUCCUGGCUGGAAGACCAGAGCAGGCUGUCCAGGUGCUGAAGAGGGUGGCUCGCAUCAAUGGGAAGAAAGCAGAAGGAGAGAAACUCAGCAUAGAGGCCCUGAGGUCCCAUCUUCAGAAAGAAUUGGCUCAGGCCCCAGGAACCCCUUGGGACCUGGUCCGAACACCCACCAUUCGGCGCAUCUCCAAGUGCCUGGCUGCUGUCUGGUUUGCUACCAGCUUCGCCUACUAUGGAAUGGCCAUGGACCUGCAGGGCUUCGGACUCCGGGUACACAUGCUGCAGCUGCUGUUUGGUAUCGUGGAUAUUCCAGCCAAACUACUCUCUACCCUGAGCAUGAGCCGAGCUGGGCGCAGAGUAGCCCAAGUGACCACCCUGAUCCUAGCUGGACUGGGCAUCCUGGCCAACCUCUUUGUGCCUGCAGAACUAGCUGCCCUUAGGACAACUCUGGCUGUGUUAGGGAAAGGCUGCCUGGCUGCCUCCUUCAACUGCAUCUACCUGUACACGGGAGAGCUGUACCCCACAGCUAUCAGAAUUGGACACCCCCCCAGGCAGACUGGCCUGGGGGUGGGAAGCACCAUGGCCCGAGUAGGGGGUAUUGUGGCCCCACUGGUAAAGCUGAUGGGUGAGCAGAUGCCUUUGGCACCCCCCAUCAUUUAUGGCUCCAUCCCAGUGCUCUCGGGCCUUGUAGCCCUUGGGCUGCCCGAAACCAGGAACCAGCCUUUGAAGGACACAGUGGAAGAGGUAGAGAACAGGCUUGCCCAGCAGCAGGACACAGAUCCUUAG